AUGUAACCAAAUUACGCAAUUACUCAAAUACCCCUGCGGACUCCCCAGCCCGAAAGCUUCAACUUGACUAUAUCUCAGUAGGGUUGCAGCAGAUAAACGCCACCAUCUCCGCUGUAUCUUUUCCCAUUCACUGUCUCACUACCUGGAAUCUCCUUCCUCUUUCUCUCUCUAGAACCUUCGCUAUUCAAAAAUGGGGGCUUCGCUUCCUGCCAAAGAGGCCAACCUCUUCAAACUCAUCGUUAAAUCAUAUGAGACAAAGCAGUAUAAGAAAGGCUUGAAAGCUGCUGACACUAUUCUCAAGAAAUUUCCUGACCAUGGAGAAACGCUAGCAAUGAAAGGAUUAACACUGAAUUGUGUGGACCGCAAAUCAGAAGCAUAUGAACUUGUCCGGCUUGGAUUGAAGAAUGACCUUAAGAGUCAUGUUUGUUGGCAUGUUUAUGGGCUCCUAUACCGAUCAGAUAGAGAGUACCGAGAAGCAAUUAAGUGCUAUCGCAAUGCCCUUAGAAUCGAUCCUGACAACAUUGAGAUAUUACGUGACCUAUCCCUUUUACAGGCACAAAUGCGUGACUUGUCAGGUUUCGUUGAAACGAGACAGCAAUUGCUCACUCUGAAGCCAAAUCAUCGCAUGAAUUGGAUUGGCUUUGCUGUUUCUCAUCAUUUAAACUCCAAUGGGUCAAAAGCUGUUGAUAUCCUUGAGGCAUAUGAAGGGACUCUCGAAGAUGAUUAUCCUCCAGAAAAUGAACGUUGUGAACAUGGGGAGAUGCUUCUAUACAAGGUCUCUCUGUUAGAGGAAUGUGGUUUUCUUGAGAAGGCCCUUGAAGAGUUGCACAAGAGAGAGUCUAAGAUUUUUGACAAAUUGGGCUACAAGGAGCAAGAGGUUUCGCUUCUUUUGAAGCUUCACCGCUUUGAAGAAGGUGAAAGAUUGUUCAGAGUGCUUCUGUCAAUGAAUCCUGACAAUUACAGAUACUAUGAGGGGUUACAAAGAUGCCUGGGACUAUAUUCUGAAAACGGACAGUAUAGUUCUGAUGAAAUUGAUAGGCUCGAAGCUUUGUACAAGUCACUUGCUCAGCAAUAUAAUAGAUCAUCUGCUGUAAAGAGAAUUCCACUUGAUUUUCUUAAAGACGACAAGUUUCGGGAAGCGGCCGAGAACUAUAUUCGACCUCUUCUAACAAAAGGUGUUCCUUCUUUGUUUUCUGAUCUUUAUCCACUGUACAAUCACCCUGGCAAGGCCAAUAUUCUAGGGGAAUUGGUUCUGAGGCUGGAGAAAUCAAUUAAGAGUACUGGUGGAUAUCCCGAGAGUGAGGGAAAAGAACCCCCUUCAACACUUCUGUGGAUUUUGUUCUAUUUGGCUCAGCAUUAUGACAGAUGUGGACAGUGUGACAUUGCUCUUGUAAAAAUUGAUGAGGCAAUAGAACAUACUCCUACGGUCAUAGAUUUAUACUCUGUCAAGAGCCGCAUAUUAAAGCAUAGUGGUGACUUAUCAGCUUCUGCUUCAUUGGCUGAUGAAGCCAGGUGUAUGGAUCUUGCAGAUCGCUAUGUUAACAGUGAAUGUGUUAAGCGUAUGCUUCAGGCUGAUCAGGUGGCUUUAGCUGAAAAGACAGCUUUAUUAUUCACAAAAGAAGGGGAUCAACUGAACAACCUUUACGAUAUGCAGUGCAUGUGGUAUGAACUGGCAUCUGGGGAAAGUUAUCUGCGCCAAGGCGAGCUUGGGCGGGCCUUAAAGAAAUUUCUGGCUGUGGAAAAACAUUAUGCAGAUAUCACGGAGGAUCAAUUUGAUUUUCACUCUUAUUGCUUAAGGAAAAUGACACUACGCGCCUAUGUUGAAAUGCUGAAAUUUCAAGAUCGGCUCCAUUCACAUGCUUAUUUUCGCAAAGCAGCAAGUGGUGCUAUCAGAUGCUACCUGAGGCUGUAUGAUUGUCCUCCAAAGUCAGCAGCUGAAGAACAUGAUGAGAUGGCUAAGUUGCCUCCCUCUCAGAAAAAGAAAUUGAAGCAAAAACUGAGGAAAGCAGAGGCCCGAGCUAAGAAAGAUGCAGAAGUCAAAACUGAGGAACCAAGUACCACUAGUGUUGUCAAAUCAGGGAAGCGCCAGGUGAAGCCUGUAGAUCCUGAUCCACACGGUGAAAAGUUGGUUCAGAUUGAAGAUCCCCUGGCCGAGGCUACAAAGUACCUGAAGCUGCUACUUAAGCACUCAUCUGAUUGCUUGGAGACACAUUUACUGUCCUUUGAAGUAAACAUGAGGAAACAGAAAAUUUUGCUUGCCUUGCAGGCUGUAAAACAUCUGCUGAGGUUGGAUGCAGAAAAUCCAAAAUCUCAUCUCUGCUUGAUAAAAUUCUUCCAUAAAAUAGGAGGAUUGCCGUCCCCAGUCACCGAAACUGAAAAACUUGUGUGGCGUGUCUUAGAAGUCGAGCAACCUACCUUUAGUCAGUUGCACGAGAAAUCUCUAAUUGAGGCAAACAACAUUUUCCUUGAAAAGCAUAAAGAAUCAUUGAUGCACAGGGCUGCAGUGGCUGAGUUGAUGUAUGUUCUGGAACCAACCAGGAAGGCUGUGGCUGUCAAGUUAAUUGAGGACUGGGUUAAUGAUCUUGUUUCUAUAGAUGGAGUUCAAGGAGCUGUUAGGACAUGGAAAUUGAAAGACUGCAUUUCAUUGCAUAAACUCCUGGAGAAAACCUUGAAUGACCAUGAUGCUGCAUUAAGAUGGAAAUUGCGCUGCGCCGAGUUCUUCCCAUUCUCAACUUAUUUUGAAGGUACUCGUAGCUCAGUUGCUACAAGUUCGGCUAACCAUCAGACACAGAAAACCCCUGAAAAUGGAGUUGUCAACUUGAAUGCUGGUGAAAAUUCUGCUCUGCUUUCAUCAAAUGGGAGAUUAGAUAAGCUGGACACGCUGAAGGAUCUACAUAUCUAAUUGUAUAUUUCAUGCUGAAGUAAAUUGUCGACAAGAGUACUGGAGAAGCUAAUUGAAACUGCAUUUUUAACCUCCGAAUGUACUCGUACACCAAUGGGAAGGUUCAAAUGGGUGUGAGACAUCUGAUGAUUUCUUGCUUUCAGACAGACUUCCUUUUACAGCAGUUCUCCACCCCUGGAUUCAAUUUCUUGGCUUCUGUGUAUAUUUGAUCUGGUAUUGUUAUGAUGAUAUAGCAUUGUCUGGUUUCUCAGGGUUUGGUCAGAUACCAGAAAAAGAGUUUCUUGGGCUAGUGCAACUCGGUUUCAACAACUUAGAGAUCGAAGUGAGCUCUCCAGAAGUCUUUCAGGUCUGGAUCUUGUAUACCACUAGCAUAGAACAAUAUGCCAAGCUAGACGACCGUGAAGGCUUGUGUAUUAUUCAGUUUUGUCAAGCAUUAUUUAAUGUACAAACACAGUAUGUGAAGAUUUUUGUGAUAGUACUCGGAGAAACUUACAAAUUGAUUUGAGUUGCUGGGAUGACUUACCAUGAUUUAUUAGACCA